AUGAUUAUCGAACCUGUCUACGAAGGUCCCGGAAAGGAAACCACCGAAGAGGUACAUACCCUAGAACGCCUCAAAGAGCUAUUAGAAAAGUAUUAUGCCUUCCUAGUCAAAACUUUGGAGGCCAAAGCUUUGUAUGAGAAGCGUGGAUGGGACAAAUGGCUGGUUCCGAAGCCAUACGAUGCUGCUGCGUGGGCUGCGGCCAAUGGAGAUGAGCCGUGUGUGCUACCGAGCAUACGCGUGCGUUUUCCAGGAUUCUUCGACGACUAG